UACAAUUGGCGUGCCUUAGAAAAUGGCGUGACUAAAACAUUUCCGUUUGGACCGAUUUACAUGGACGUGUUUUAAACCGUUUGCGACGAGUCGUUGAGAGAGGAACACGUCACAUUUGACGCGUGGUACAGGUAUGUCGUCCUGAGAUUCAAGCAAAGGUAACCGCAAGGGCAACAUAAACUGCGUACUUCCUGUGUGUUCGUCACUUCCUUCCUUCGGGACCGUCGCCGUUGUGAGCGAGGAAGAGAAAAAUGCUGGCCACUAGAGCCCUCCGUCUCAUUGGCAAACGUGCCAUCUCUACAUCCAUCUGUGCACGAGGUGGACAUGGUGUCGCAAAGGUAGAGGCUUAUAGCCUUCCGUCCUACAUUGACACUACUGAUUAUCCUCUGCCAGACAUCAGCUAUGUGCAGGACCUGACUGCUGUGCAGAAGUCCCUGAAGGAGAAGGAGAAAGGCACCUGGACUGCUCUCUCCAAUGAAGAGAAGAUUGCAUUGUACCGCAUCAGCUUCAAAGAAAGCUUUGCAGAAAUGACUCAGGACUCAGCUGAGUGGAAGACUGUGCUUGCAGGCUGCCUGUUCUUUCUGGGCUUUUCUGGAGUAGUUGUGUUCUGGCAGAGGAAAUUUGUGUUUGGCCCUGUGCCACACACAUUUGACCCCGAGUACAAACAAAAAGAGCUCCAGAAGAUGCUGGACAUGAGAGUCAGUCCAGUGGAGGGCUUCUCCGCUAAAUGGGAUUACGAGAAGAAGCAGUGGAAAAGUUAAAAGAAAACAAUGAGGACCAGUAAACAUACUUGAAUGCAGACCAAUUCAAAAUCUACGAAAACAUUCAUUUCUGUAUUUAUCAGACUUCAACUAUACCUCAGUUUGUGCAUUUGGAAGACCACUUCCCCUUACAGUCAUUGUGUAUUAUAAAAAAAAAAUAAAACUUAAUAAAAAAA